CAACAAAACAAAAGGAAGAAGGAGCAAAAUUUCAAUAGGAAAGUAGUUGUGUUCGUGCAAAUAGACACAGAGGAAAAGUUACAACUUUUUUUAAACAAGUGUAAACCUAUUUUACACUUUUCUUCUGUGUCUACUUGCACAGAUACAAAAGAUCAAAAUGGCUUUAUUAAAGUUAUCAAUUUUGCUAUGUACAAUGCUAUUCGGUUCUUCCCUUUCAAGGGCUACUUCUCCUAAGAACAUAUUCAUCCUAGCUGGUCAGAGCAAUAUGGCUGGCCGAGGUGGGGUUGAGAAUAAUCAAGUGGGACAGCUUGAGUGGGACAGGUUAAUCCCACCAGAAUGUCAAUCUGACUCAUCCAUCCUACGAUUGAACCCUGCACUCCAAUGGGAGAUGGCACGAGAGCCUCUACAUGAGGGAAUCGACAUCAACAAAACGGUUGGGAUUGGUCCAGGAAUGCCAUUUGCUCACCAGUUAUUAGCAAAAGUAGGACCAAAAGCAGGCACAGUGGGUUUAGUUCCUUGUGCUAGAGGUGGCACCAUAAUUGAACAAUGGAUUAAAAAUCCUAGCAAUCCUGAUGCAACAUUUUACAAAAAUUUCAUUGAACGAAUCAAAGCAUCUGAUAAAGAAGGUGGGGUUGUGCGUGCUCUUUUCUGGUUUCAAGGGGAGAGUGAUGCAAUGAAGAUAUUGCCAUGA